GUUUAAACAACAGCCCACAUAUACUCGGUCCUCUGGAUGCUUGUAGGCUGCUGAACAAUAGCGGUGCAUUAUGGGACAUUUGACUUUCCUGUGCGGUGUCCUGCUGGCUCUGAGCCUUGUCUCUGUCUCAGGUCGGCCUGAAGACAUACUGAAAAAAAUUCAAGAUCUUGAGGGGAAAGACUUCGGUCACAAUUACCCUCGGCAUGGACUGAAUCUCCUCUACUGGUUUGCCCAUGAGUAUAUUACAUUUGACAACAACAACAACAUUCAGUCAAAGCAGGACCCUAAAGAAGGCGUGUUCGGAUUUCAUUACUUUGGAAACAAAGAGGCUGUCUUCCCUUCCUUGCGCAACCAGAGAGGCUACAACUACUAUGCCGUCGGCAACUUGUUCGACAGUCAGAAUUUGCCGGAAAGCCAAAGGCUACCGGAUUAUGUCACGGAAGAGUUCCGCAGCUCCAAGAACUUGGACUCCCGCGACCAGAACAACAGGGACCGCAUUGUCGUCCGGCGAACGCCGUACGGCAGCAUCGACGAGGUCUACGUCACGCAGCACUACGACUUCAGCGCCGGCCACGGGAGCCAGUACGACCCAGACAAUACUUUCAGAAUCAGCAGUGACCUUCUAAAAGACAUUCGUAACCUCCCGCGGGACAAGUUCCUCAAACCGUUUCCCCCGAGGGCCCGGACCCACUACGCGCUGUGCCAUCCGGACAGGGGCUCGGGUCAGGAAGUCCGCUCGGAUGAAUGCAACCACAAGUUCUCAAAAGCAAACUGCCGACCCUCCCUGAGCUCUCUGAUGUGCCUGUGCUGCGUUGUGUCGUGGCUCCUUAUCGGAUUUCUGUGAGCCAUUUUGUGACAGCUGGGUGAGAUGAAUUGCACUACAACUAUUAA